UUCUGAGUAUCUCUUGACUCUCUCAUUGUCGAUUGAUGGUUUCUUAACAGAAAUUCUAGAUUUUCAGUAAUUUAUAUAAUAAUUAUUCUUUUACAAGUUACAUAAAAUUUUGUUUCCAGAUGCCGGCUGUUAUUAGAGCAAAAUGCAUCAUUGUUGGUGAUGCAGGUGUUGGGAAAAGCUCUAUUUGUCAAUUAUUUACUAGUGACGGAUCACACUUUCCUAAAAACUACACAUUGACAAUGGGCGCAGAAUUUAUGGUAAAGCCUGUUGUUAUUCCAGAUACGCAAGACACAGUAGAACUGUAUAUGUAUGAUUCUGCAGGAAAGGAAAUAUUCACAGAUAUGGUUAUGAAAUUUUGGGAUCACCCAUCAAUGAUGAUAGUAGUUUAUGAUGUGACUAAUGAAACAUCUUUUUCUAGUUGUGAGAAAUGGAUAGAACGAGUUAGAUCACAGAAACCUGAUGUUCCUUUCCCAGGAGCAUUAGUAGCCAACAAAAUAGACUUAGAUCAAAGAAGAAUUGUCGGUCCUAAAGCAGGAAAGGAAUUAGCUAUGAAGACUGGGUUAGAUUAUUAUGAAUGUUCAGCUAAAGAAAUGCAAAAUGUGGACACACCAUUUUACUUCUUAGCCAGUGAAUAUUACAAACUGUAUCAAGAAAAAGUGGAAUUGUUUAAAGCUUUUGUUGCAUAACAUUUCUUUGUGUAGAUCAUCAUUAUAGAUCAGUUUGUACCAAAACAUAAUAUUUAAAGUUAAUGUUUAACCUGAAAAAAUGAAAACCUACAAAUAUUGAAGGUUUAUUUAACAUGAAAGUUAUUUUAACAUGAAAUUAAUUACCACAAUGCCCUUCUUUUAGUUGUGUAUUUAUUAUGUUAAUAUAUGAAGACAUCAAUCUUUAAAAACCAAAGCAGAAUGUACAGAGUAAAUAUCAGAUCGGCCAUGUUAUAACUUUGUUCUAAAUUGUGUGUUGGGUUUCUGACUUACUAGGCUGGAAAUGGACUAAGCUUUGGUAUAAUCACUGUCUAUAAAAUAUCAUUACUUAGUUUCUGUUAUAAUCACUGACCGUUGGUGAAAAGGUAAAUGUGCAAGUAAUUAAUGAAAGUUAUUUGACACACAAUAACUUGAUAUUUGUCCUAUGUAGACCCUCCUGUUCUAUAAAUUUGGCAUUAAUACUGGCGACAAUGCCACACUGUUGACUUAUUGUCCCCCGCCUUUCGAAGAAAGCUGGGGACUAUUAAAAUAGGUUCGUCCGUCUGUCUGUCACACUUUUUGGGACACAAUAACUCUCCUUCAAAGAUGAGCAUUUUCUGCUUAGAGUAGGUAGAGAUAAGCAAUUUGAUUGGUUGAUGCUAUGGGACAUGAUAACUUUAGUUCUAAAUAAGUGAGAAUGAUGAAACUUGGUGUAUGCAUGUAGUUUCAUUACAUCAAUACCUUGACUAAGUUUGAUAAUGAGCAUUUUCUGCUCAGAGUAAGCAGAGUGAUAAGCAAUUUGAUUGGCCGAGACUUUGGAACACAAUAACUCUCCUUCUAAUUGAGCUAGAAUAUUCACACUUGGUGUAGGGGUUUAUUAGAAGAAUGCCUUGAUGGAGUUUGAAGAUGAGAAUUUUCUGUUUACGGUAAGCAAUUUGAUAGGUUGAUGCUUUGGGACACGAUAACUUUAGUUUUAAUUAAGUGAGAGCGAGGACACUUGUUGUACAGUUUUAUCACAUCAAUAACUUGACUAAGUUCGAUAAUGAGCAUUAACUGAGCAUUUUCUGCUCCGGGUAAGCAGAGCGAUAAGCAAUUUCAUUGGUCGAGAGUUUGGAACACAAUAACUCUCCUUCUAAUUGAGGUAGAAUGUUCAAAGUUGGUGUAGGCGUUCAUUAGGUGAAUGCCUUGAAGGAGUUUGAUGAUAACCAUUGUCUGCUUAGAUAAGCAGAGAUAAGCAAUCUGAUUGGUUGAUGCUUUGGGGCACGAUAACUUUAGUUUUAAUGAAGUGAGAGUGAUGAAACUCUGAGUAUAGAUUCAUUAUAUCAUUACCUUGACUAAGUUUGAGGAUGAGACUUUUCUGCUUAGGCUAAGGAGUGAUAAUCAAUUUGAUUAAUUAAGACUUUUGAACAUAUCAACUCUGCUUUUAAUUGAGGUAGAAUGUUUAAACUUGAUGUAGAUGUUCAUUAGAUGAAUGUCUUGACUGAGUACAAUGAUAAACAUUUCGAGCUAAAGCUAAGCAGAGUUAAGCAAUUUCAUUGGUCGAUGCUUUGGGACAAGAUCACUUUGAUUCUAUCUGAUAGAGAUUGAUGAAACUUAGCGUAUAGUUGAUAAUCAGUUUGAUUGCUUGAUACUUUUGAAAAAAUUAAAUGUGCUGUUACAUGUAAUUAAUAUGUGUGAUCUAUUUAUUUUGGGAUUUCGGCGGGGGACAUCAGCCUCAUUGUUGGCUUGUUUAUAAAUGUUAUUGGCAUAGAAACUUGCUUAAACAUGAAUAUACUGAACAGCUAAAGAACAUAAAUAAUUCAUGUGUGCAUUUCUUCAGAGAGAAAUUUAAAUAAACUUUGUUCCCCACGAAAUUAAAAAUAUUUAGCUGAAUUGACAACAUGAGAGGUUGAUGGAUAGGUCUAUAAUAUUUGAUAUUCAUGAUAUCCAAGAAAUCAUAUAGGUUUUGGCUUGCCACUUAGUUUUAAUGUCAAGGAUUUUACUGAAAAGUUGUUAAAUGUAUAUACUAUAUGUACAUCCAUUAUUAAAUUAAUAUUGAUAGAUCAUUUAAAGAAUCAUUCCAUACAUUAUUUAUUCUUUUUGUGUAACUGUGAUAUAAUGAACCGUCCAACUACAUGUAUAUGACUUUGUUUUGUUGUAGAUAUAAAGACUUAUAGUAAAUAAAUAUUAUUAUAACAUAA